AUGCCACCUGGGCCUCCAACACUUCCGAUACUGGGCAACCUGCAUCAGAUCCCAGUAACAGGACUCUACAAGCAAAUUCGGGACUGGGGCAACCAGUACGGAGGGGUCUUCUCCCUAAAGUUUGGGUCGAACAAUGUCAUCGUGCUAUGCGAUAAAAGAGCGGUGCAUGAACUUGUUGAUAAAAAGGGCCUCCUGUAUGCGGACCGACCGCAUAGUUAUAUUGGCGAGCUUUUGACCCUUGGUGAUCAUAUGGUUGUCUCGUCAGGAGAUCCCCUGACGCGACUGAAGAGGAAAGUGGCCACACACAACCUGUCCGUACGUGUACCCUUCUCGUUUCUGGUUAAUAGUGUGUUAAUUUUCGAUAUCCCUUAUCAGCCCCGUGUGAUUGAUGUGAAGCUUGCGCCAAUUCAAGAGAGCGAGAUAACGCAGCUCGUUUACGACUUUAUGAAUACCCCGGACGACUUUUACAGACACUUACGGCGGGUCACCGCUUCAAUCGCUUGUACGUUUAUCUAUGGACAAAGGGGUUCCACCUACGAUUCGUUCUGGGGUCAUUGUGUCUACACUGCAUUAGCAAAGUUUGGCGAAGCACUUGAGCCAGGCGCAAACCCCCCCGUUGAUGAGUUUCCGCUCCUCAAGUACUGGCCCACGCGAUUUAGCUACUGGAAGAAGCGCGCGUUGGCUUCCAGAGAGGCAAUGGAUGCGAUAUGGGGCGACGCCCGGGCGUUUGUUGAAGACAGACGCAAGCGAGGCAUCAAGCGCGACUGCAUUGCGGAUAAACUGCUUGACGAAUACGAGGCUAAAGGGUCCCCUUUCACUCAGCAUGCCUUUGACAUGCUCCUUGGAGAAUUGGUUGAGGGAGGAGCCGAAACUACCUCUUCGUCAUUGCUAACUGUGGUUCUUGCACUCGCGAGAAACCCAGCCAUCCAGGACAGGGCGAGGAAGGAGAUUGACCCCAUCUGUGGGACGGACAGAUCACCGACGUGGACAGACUUCGAUACCAUGCCCUAUAUUAAUUGUAUAGUGAAGGAAGGGAUGAGAUUCCGCCCAGUGAUAUCAACCGGGCUGCCCCACCGGAAUGCAGAAGAGGACGAAUAUGAGGGCAUGUUGAUCCCCAAGGGGUCAAUGAUCCUGAUUCCUCUCUGGGCAAUCCACCACUCGGAGCGGCUUGGGUAUACUGACCCCGAGACCUUCAAUCCCGAUCGGUUCCUUAAGCAUCCCAAGCUUGCCAAUGAUUAUGCAGGGAGUCCAGAUUACAACGACCGAGAUCAUUACGGAUACGGUGCUGGCCGACGAAUGUGCCCUGGAAUUCAUCUAGCGGAGCGAAAUCAAUGGCGCAUGGUUGCUAAAUUGCUCUGGGCAUUUGAUAUCUCCGAGCCAAUUGACCCGCAAACAGGGAAAAUAAUACCACUCGAUCCGGAUGCCUACGAGAUGGGCCUUCUUCAUGCGCCGCUUCCCUUCAAGGCUAGCAUCAAAGUCAGAAGCAGCGCUCAUGCAGCUACUAUCCGCAGGGAAAUGGAAGAAGCGAAGAAGGCAUUCGCACAAUGGGAGUAGUCUAUAUUGUUAAAUAUUAUUGCUCUUGACCUAUAGAAGAC